AUGACGGUGAUUGUGUAUGGAUUGGAUCAGGGUAGCGAAUACGAGAUCGGGUUGGAGGUCGUCAAGGCUUCCACUUUGAGUUCGAGGUCGACGAUGGCGAUGGCGACGGCGACCGGAACGGGAACGGGAACGGGAACGGGAACGGGCGGGACGAGUGAGCUGCAAGAGCAUCGCCAUCAUCACCAUCAGAGGGGGGUCAUUCAGGUCGAGACACCUUUAUUGAAUCCGACUCUGCGUCGAGAGGACGACGAAGCCCACACCGCUCGUGAGUAGGAGGCGAGUGUAGAACUGUUCCCUUGACCGGCUCUGACCAGCCGUCUGCGCUCCCCUAGACCUCUCCACCCAUCGAGCGACGACUUCAUCCGAUUACUCCGCGGAAUCUCCUCUCACCUCGACCUCUUCACCAACUACCCAUAGCGCGAACGAAGCGAACCACGCCUCCUCGCACAGCAGUACGCCGCCCGACGGACCACCCCCACCUUACUCCCCCUCCCCCUCCCCCUCAGCGAACGAAUCUUCGACGUCCCCCUCCACCUCGACCACGAACUACGCGAACCCUUCUUCGACCAUCUCCGAACAACCAACCGACGAACCUCACCUCCGCGCGCAACUGAAAAAGAUUCGCGCGUCUUCGAAACGCACCGAAUCCGUUUUACAAGCUUCGAUCAGCGCGCUCAAGAAGAGCGUCGAGAAAGCUUUGAAGGAGGAUCAGAGAGCGAGGACGAGGAUUGUGGGGUUGGAAGAGGCGAUUAGGAAGGCUACGGAGGGGGAGAGGUUGAUGAGGUUGGAGGAGAGGGGGGAUGUCGAAGGCGCGUUGGAGAGGUUGGUCAGGGAGGAGGAGGAGAGGGGGAGCGAGUUGAAGAGGAGGAAGGAGGGGGCGGGCAGUAGCGGAAAGGAGGAAGGGGUGGGAAUGGGUAAUAGGAAAGGUGAGGAAGAAGCAAACGGGGGUGGGAACCUAGCACCGAGUGGGGAGGUCGGAGUGGGCGAGUUGAUGAAAGAGUUGGAUGCGCUGAACGUCAAGAUUGAGGAAAAGGACAAGGACGAGAGGAAAAAGUUGCAGGACGCGGUCAAGCAUCUGGAAGCCGAAUUGACCAGGUUGGACAACGAGUUCAUACAGUGCGUUAUACCAAUCUUGGACAAAAGAGGACUAGAGAAGAUCCUCUGCUGACUGUACAAGAACAAUUGUGGUGCACAGACUCGAUCGGGAGGAAACGCAUCGCUAUCAUAUGGCCAUGCAAGCCGCAGCGGCGGCGGCCGUUUCGGACGCUCGCCUGUCGUCGGAUUCACUCCUCCCUUCACCGACGUCAUUGAAUGCGCCGCCUUCGUCGUCGUUAUCGAGUGGUUUCAACCUGAGAUGGAGAAGGAACCCUUCGCAAGGUCAACAACCGCCUCAGAAUCAUGACGCUUCACCUCCGACUGUCACGUCGGUCAAUCAUAACCUCGCUGCCGGUGGUGGGGACCCGCGCUCGUUCGGUCGUUUCUGGCGCAAGAAUGCUUCCCACAACGUCGUUGUCAACCCACCCAACUUGAACCCCGGUACUUCGAUCCUCCUGAACCCAGACGACCUCGAUUCCCCUCGCACUUCGUUCGAAGCCCAAAACGGCUCGCUUGCACCAAAUACCUACGUUUCCUCAGGCCAACAAGGACCAGGCUCGAUUUCCGAUCGACAGUACUACGCUCAGGUGCAUCAAGCCAUGUGGGGUAAUGGAACGGGACCUACGGGAGGUCCUGUUGGAUCUGGGUCCGGGCCUACGGGGCCGAAUGCGAUUGAUAUCACUACGCCGCCGAGGAAUGAAGGGUUGGGGUCGGGGUCGUUGGGCAGAAGGACGGGUGCGGCGGCGUUAUUGAGGAGGUCGGGGAGCGCGAACGCGUCCCAUGGAGCACAACACCAACAACAGUCGGGCGUCGGUUCGACGUCGCUUACGUUACCCCCUGGGAUCGAGAUUCAACAACCGGAACCAGAGACCGACCUUGCGGCGUCAACCUCUUCAACUUCUUCCAUGUCCAUCUUCGGCACCAAAUCCUCCAUCGCUAAAUCCAACCGAAGCGUCAGCAACCCCGUCGACAUUUCCGGCACUUCACCUGGAGGCAAGAGUUUCGACUCUAACGGCACUAAUUCGAGUGGUGGGGGUGGGGGCGGGGGACCGAGUAGUUGGGGUACGAGGUUGCAGGGGACUUGGUCGUCGGUCGUGGCGAGGAAGUCGAAGGAGAAGGAUGGAGGGGACGCGGGUGGGGGUAAGGAGAAGGAGAAGGAGAAGGUUUAA